GUUUGUCCUUCAGCGGCUGCCGUCGGUAGAGUCUGCUCUGGAAGGUCGGGUGGCAGAGGUUACAGCUGCACCACGUGUGUAUGUGUGUGAGCGGCCGGCUCUGUCCUUCCAGCGCGAUCAGGCAGCAGCACAGAGGACAUGGUCAGCAAGACGGAGGAGCCCGGCGUGGAGAGCCCAGCCACCGCUCACAGCCCUGACAAGAAAGCCUGCUGCGAGCAUCAGAGUAGCAUGACCUUGAUGAAUGGAGAUGGGGCUGCUGAACACCAGACAGACGUUGAGCCAAAGCAGAAUGGCCAUGAUGUUGGAGAACAGGCAGACGAUGGAAGUGAGCAGGAAGUCAUUGUUAUUCAGGAUACAGGUUUCACUGUCAAGGUUCAAGUCUCCGGGUUAGAGAUGUUUUCCAUUCAGGUGUCCCCUCAGGAAAUGGUUCAGGAGAUUCAUCAGGUUCUAAUGGAUAGAGAGGACACUUGUCAUAGAACUUGCUUCUCCCUCCAGUUAGAUGGUAAUGUGCUAGACAACUUUGCAGAGCUCAAGACUAUAGAAGGCUUUGAAGAGGGUGCUGUUCUCAAAGUCGUUGAAGAGCCAUAUACCGUUCGAGAGGCCAGAAUUCACGUACGCCACAUAAGAGACUUACUGAAGAGCCUGGACCCGUCUGAUGCGUUCAAUGGAGUUGAUUGUAACUCCCUCUCAUUUUUAAGCGUCUUCACAGAUGGUGACCUUGGAGAGAAUGGUAAAAAGAAAAAGAAGGGGGCUGACCUGGAGCAGAUAGAUUGCACACCACCUGAAAACAUACUACCAGGUAGCAAGGAGAGACCCCUCUGUCCCCUUCAGCCACAGAACAAAGACUGGAAGCCUUUGCAGUGUUUAAAAGUAUUCACGAUGAGUGGCUGGAACCCUCCUCCCGGUAACAGAAAGAUGCAUGGAGACCUGAUGUAUUUAUAUGUGAUCACUAUGGAAGACCGACAUGUCAGCAUUACUGCAUCCACUCGAGGAUUCUACCUCAACCAAUCUUCAGCCUACAACUUUAACCCUAAGCCAGCCAACCCCAGCUUCCUCAGCCACUCACUGGUGGAACUACUCAAUCAAGUUAGCCCCAUCUUCAAGAAGAACUUUUCCGCCCUUCAAAAGAAAAGAGUUCAGAGACACCCGUUCGAGCGGAUUGCUACUCCAUUCCAACUUUAUAGCUGGACUGCUCCCCAAGUGGAACAUGCCAUGGACUGUGUACGAGCAGAAGAUGCCUAUACAUCCCGUCUGGGAUACGAGGAGCACAUUCCUGGACAGACCAGGGACUGGAAUGAAGAGCUACAGACAACAAGAGAAUUGACUCGUAAGAAUUUACCAGAAAGACUUUUAAGAGAGAGAGCUAUAUUCAAGGUCCACAGUGAUUUUACUGCAGCAGCUACCAGAGGUGCCAUGGCGGUUAUUGAUGGUAAUGUCAUGGCCAUCAACCCCAGUGAAGAGACAAAGAUGCAGAUGUUCAUUUGGAAUAACAUCUUUUUCAGUUUGGGUUUUGAUGUCCGGGAUCACUACAAAGAUUUUGGUGGAGAUAGUGCUGCUUAUGUAUCGCCUACAAAUGAUCUUAAUGGGGUGCGGACAUACAAUGCAGUAGAUGUGGAAGGACUGUACACAUUGGGAACCGUGGUGGUAGAUUAUAGGGGUUACAGAGUUACUGCACAAUCAAUUAUUCCAGGGAUAUUGGAGCGGGAACAAGAGCAGAGCGUCAUUUACGGGUCCAUUGACUUCGGCAAAACUAUUGUAUCCCACCCAAAGUACCUGGAACUGCUGGAGAAAACAAGCCGGUCACUCAAGAUUUUAAAACACAAAGUCCUUAAUGACAAAGAUGAGGAUGUGGAGCUGUGCUCCUCCGUAGAGUGUAAAGGUAUCAUUGGCAAUGAUGGACGGCAUUAUAUUUUGGAUCUUCUACGGACCUUCCCCCCAGACCUCAAUUUCUUGCCUGUGGAAGGUGAGGAUAUGCCGGAAGAAUGUAAGAAAAUGGGCUUCCCCAAAGAACACAGGCACAAGCUUUGCUGUUUACGGCAGGAGUUGGUGGACGCUUUUGUGGAACACAGAUACCUCUUGUUCAUGAAGUUGGCUGCCAUGCAGCUGAUGCAGCAGAAGAGCUCCUCACAGGAGAAUGCCGCUUCCCUAGAAAACGGGGGUCCUACAACCUCAUCUGAAUCCUCUGCCAAUACUGAGCCUCAGGAAAGCAGCCUGUCUGAGGACAAGAUGGGGGACAGUAUAGAUGGAGAGUCCCAAGUCAAAGAGCUAGCAGAGACUGUGGCAUCCAACAAUGAAUCAGUGGAUAUGAAGAGCCGGGAGGUAAUUCGCAAAGCAUGUCAAGCUGUUGGCUCUAUCAGUGAAAUGUCCUUUGAUAUUCGCUUCAACUCGGACAUCUUUUCUCCAGGUGUGCGUUUCCCUGAGUGCGCACAGGCAGAGGUGCACAAUCAGAAACAGUUGCUGAAGGAUGCAGCCGCUUUUGUGUUGACCUGUCAGAUUCCAUGCUUGAUUAAGGACUGCCUUGACCAUAACGUAGUUCCCAUGGAUGGAGCCACAUUCGCUGAAGCUAUGCAUCAAAGAGGAAUUAACAUGCGCUACCUUGGAAAAGUCAUAGAAAUUGUCAAGAAAUUUCCUGUCCCAUCCCAAUUAGAUCACGUCUAUAAAAUCCUAAUUAGUGAAGUGAUUACCAGAUCUGCAAAGCACAUCUUCAAGACAUAUCUGCAGGGUGUGGAACUGUCUGGUCUGUCUGCUGCCAUUAGCCAUUUCCUGAACUGCUUCCUCAGCUCCUUUCCCAACUCAGUUGCUCACCUCCCAGCUGAUGAGCUGGUCUCCAAGAAAAAGAACAAGAAGCGCAAAAACCGAAACCUUAGUAGUGCUGACAACACGACCUGGGCCAGUGUCACCCCGCAGGAACUGUGGAAAAACAUCUGCUCUGAAGCCAAAGCCUACUUUGACUUCAAUCUUGAAUGUGAAAAUGUGGACCAGGCAGUGGAGGUGCACAACCUGCAGAAAAUCAGCCUUCUCAGAGAAAUCUCUAUUAAAGUUGGCAUUCAGAUCCUGCUCAAAGAGUAUAACUUUGACAGCCGACACAAGCCGACCUUCACAGAAGAGGACAUAUUGAAUAUUUUCCCUGUGGUGAAACAUGUCAAUCCCAAAGCAUCUGAUGCUUUUCAUUUCUUCCAGAGCGGACAAGCUAAAGUACAACAGGGUUUCUUAAAGGAAGGCUGCGAAUUAAUAAAUGAAGCCUUAAAUUUGUUUAAUAACGUGUAUGGUGCUAUGCACGUAGAGAUCUGUGCCUGCCUACGACUGCUUGCCCGACUCAACUAUAUCAUGGGUGACUACACUGAGGCCUUAAGCAACCAGCAGAAAGCCGUUCUAAUGAGUGAGAGAAUUUUAGGCAUUGAACAUCCCAGCACCAUCCAGGAAUAUAUGCAUCUAGCACUGUACUGUUUUGCAAAUAACCAGCUCUCCACUGCGUUGAAUCUGCUGUACCGCGCUCGUUACCUCAUGCUGCUUGUGUUUGGAGAAGGACAUCCAGAAAUGGCACUUUUAGAUAGUAACAUUGGCCUGGUGCUUCAUGGAGUAAUGGAGUAUGACCUUGCCCUGCGAUUCCUGGAGAAUGCUCUUACCAUCAACUCCAAGUAUCAUGGAGCCAAGUCUCUGAAGGUCGCACUCAGUCACCAUCUUGUAGCGCGUGUAUAUGAAACUAAAGGGGAGUUCCGUUCUGCCUUACAGCACGAGAAGGAAGGAUACACAAUAUACAAGAACCAGCUGGGGGAGCAGCACGAGAAGACCAAAGAAAGCUCGGAGUACUUGAAGUACCUGACCCAGCAGGCUGUAGCCUUGCAGCGCACAAUGAAUGAGAUUUACAAGAAUGGAUCCAAUGCCAACAUAAUGCCUCUUAAGUUCACAGCUCCCAGCAUGGCCAGUGUCCUGGACCAGCUCAACAUCAUUAAUGGAAUCCUCUUCAUUCCUCUCAGUCAGAAGGACCUGGAGAAUCUGAAAGCCGAGGUCCAGCGACGUCAGCAGUUACAUGAAGCCAUCAAGGGAGCCGAUAGUCAGGAAGCGGACAACAAAGAAACUGAAAUAACAGAAGCAAGCAAAGCUAGCACUGAUCCAGAUGAGACUGUCCAGACACAAAGCUCCGCCUAGCCCCGUUUUCCUGUUCUUCUAGCACCCUAUAGAAAAGGUUAACCCCUCGGGGAGGGGGGUUGUCACCAAGGCCUGUAGAUGUAAAAAGGAAAACAAAUACAAAAGGGCAUCUUUGCAAUGCUAUUGCACAGGUACACAUGCCGAUAAUACACAAUGCAAGAACUUAUCAGUAAACCAUCAGUGUAAAGGUUCUCCGUGGGCUUCUGUCUGCUCACCAAGGUCCUUCCGUCCCUAAGCAGCUGUGCUCAUGGGAGAUUCGGGGCUCCUGCCAGUCCAGGCUGGGACUUCAGUGUGUGUAUGUUGGUGUGUGUGUUUGGGGAAAUCCAUUUCUGCAUUUUGUGAUUUGACUUUAGAGGUAUGGCUCUGUUUAAAAGUGACUGAACAUUUCUCAGGUCAAUUAAUAAAGUGGAUUGGGGAAGAGCCCUUGUAAGAUAUUAGAAGGCAGAUCUCCUAAAUUCCGGGCUGUGGCACUGUGUUCUGAGCCAAGCGAUGCACUCACGGCCCCAGACCUAAGCCAUACACAAGAUGGAAGACAAGCCCCCUAAACCAUAAUAACACAACACAUUUGGGUAAUAACAGACAUGGCUGAUGUAUUCUUCCUGGGACAGUUUUCCUUUUCUCUUCCUUUUAUUUUGGGGAUGACGUGGUAAUACAUUUGCUCUCGGCCUUUAUUUUUUUUUUAAUGGAAGACUUUCAAGUUUUAUAUAUCUGUUUAUUGUUGUGUUUUCUCUUUAUUUUAAAUGGUGAUACUGUGAUACAUUAUCACGUAGGACUGCAUCAUCUGAGUGGUUUUCUAAGGCUUUCUACAGUGUCAGCCCCUCUCCAGAUCCAAAGAUACUAAACCCACAUCCAUACUCUUGUCACCCACAAACUAGUACCUGAAUGUAAAAGCAGAUCAUGGUCACUAUGCUGUAUUGUAAGGAAUACAAUGCUUCUGUCAAUGGGAAUACUUUGUCCUAUGAAGCUUCUAUUCACUCUCUUUGUGAAAGACUUGGCUGGCUAUGGGCAAGUGUCCUUAGAAGGUGCUUCCUACAUAUCGCCAUCAAUUCUUCAAUGGCUGCUUCUUGAAUAAGUGUUCCUUUCAUUGUACAGCCUCCUGCACUUCAAAAGAAUCGCCUAUGGACCAUUGUGUUGUAAUCAAAGGAAAGACGCCCCAAUCGGACUUCUUCAGGAGGCCAUACAUUUGAUCCACGCUCUGGCUUUUGGGGCUCUAAAGUUUGGUCAUUUAUUUGUGUGUAAUUGAAGCAGCAUAUGAUUGUAGCCACCCAUCUUCACACUUGGUAAACCUCAGAUUUCUAUUCUCUUUUUUUUUUCUUUUAAUGUAGGAAUUUAGGGUUCUCUUGUGGUCGAAGACCAUUCCGUCCCAUGAGGAAAAAAGUCAAAUCAUGUUGGAUGGGCUAAUUAAUCUCCUGAUUGGUUUCCAGCCUUCCAU